AUGGCAGCCUCUACACGAGCUUCGACGGGCCAUUCCAAGCCACGCGUGCACCUAACCGUAUCCACUGAGCCAGAACGUAAGCGACAAAGUGGCAAUACCACGACCACUAAUCAUCACACUGGCGUCAAGAAGCGGACCGGGGCGACAAGAGCCCCAGCUACCCACCACAAACGGAAGCCUCACUUAAGCGACAAAAUCGAGGGCGCCGCUGAGAAGUUGGUUGGCAAGAUCACACGCAGACCGGGAAAGAAGGCUGCGGGGACACGCAAGAUGCGCGGGACAGACGGGAAGGGCAGCCAUGUUAAGCGGGUGUAA